AUGUCCAACACCAGCUGUAACCUCAACUCCAGCACCAACAGUCACCUCAACUCCAGCACCAACAGUCCCCUCAAGUCCAACACCAACAGUCACUUCAACUACAACAACAGUGGUCACCUCACGGCCUUCAUCAACUUUCUCCUCAAGCCCAACAUCAGCUUUCACCCUGAGGUCAUCAUCAGCUGUCACCUCAAGAUCCUCAUCAGAUCUCAGGACAAUUACAACAACACCCAUCACCUCCGUUCCCACUUGUGUCACCUCAUGACAAAAAUCAGCUGUCGGCACAACUCCAACACCAGCACCAUCACGUCCCGUCCACACCACCGGAAGUCAUCUCAAUUCACCCUCAUCUGUCAACUCAAGUCCAUCACCAGCUGCCAUGACAAGUCCAACACCAGCCGUCACCUCCAUUCCCACUGGAGUCACUUCAAGAACAACACCAGCCAUCACCACCGCUACAACACCAGCAGUCACCUCAAGGACAACACCAACAGUCAAUUCAAGUCAUUUCUAUCCUCAGCUGUCACCUCACAACCAACACCAGCUGUCACCAUAACUCAAACAUCAUCAGUCACCUCAUUUCAUCACCUCACGUCCAACAACAGUAGUCACCCCAAGUCCAACACCUGCAGACAACUUAAUUCCAAUAUCAGCUCUCACCUCAAGUCCAUCAUCACCUGUCACCUCACCUCCAUCCUCAGCUGUCACCUCAAUCAACUCAAGUCCAACAUCAGCUGUUACCUCAAGUUCAUCACCAGCUGUCACCUCAAGUCCAUCACCAGUUGUCACCUCAAGUCUAAAAACAGCAGUCACCACAAGUCCAACACCUGCAGUCAUCUCAACUCCAACAGUGUCAGUCCCCUCAAUUCCAUCAUCAUUUGUCACUUCAAGUCCAUCACCAUCUGUCACCUUAAUUGCCAUACCAGCCGUCACCUCAACUCCAAUAAGAGUCACGUAAACAGUCACGUCAUGUCCAACACCAGCUGUCACCUCAUGUCCAACACCAGUCGUAACCUGAAAUUCAACACCAGCUGUCACCUCAAUUGCAACACUAGCAGUCACCUCCAGUCAAACAUCAGGUUACACCUCAGGUCCAACAGCAGCAAUCACCUCAAGGCCCCAGCCAAUAGUCAUCACAAUCACCUCAACUCCAACACCAGCUGUCACCUCAAGUCCAUCAUUAGCUGUCACAUUAAUUGCAACACGAGAAGUCUCCUGAAGUCCAAAAUCGACAGUCAGCUCAAGAACAACACCAGCGCUCUCCUCAAGACCAACAUCAGCUUACACCUCAGGUCCAUUAUAAACUGUCACCUCUACUACUCCUUCAUUGACUUUCAGUCCAACAAGAGCUGUCACCUCAACUCCAACACCAGCGUCCAUCCUCACCUCACACCUGAGUCCACCAUCAGCUGUGAGCUCGAGUCUAACAACAGCAGUCACCUCAAAUCCAACACAGGAAGUCACCUCAGGUUCCACUUGAGUCACACCAAGGGCGUCAUCAUCUGUCACCUCAAUUCCUCAUCAGCCAUCACCUCCAACAAGAGCUGUCACCUCAACUCCAACACCAGCUGUCACCUCAAGUUCAACACCAGCUGUCAACUCAAGUACAACCGCAGCAGUCACCUAAAUUCCAACACCAGCCAUCACGUCACGUCCACACCACCGGAAUCCAACACCAGCCGUCACCUCAAGUCCAACAGCAGAAAUCGCCUCAAGUCCAUCAUCAGCUGUCACCUCAAAGCCAUCGUCAACUGUCACCUGAAAUGCAACACCGGAAGUCACCUCAUUUCCAACACCGGAUGUCACCUCAAAUCCAAAGACAUUUGUCACCAAGAUUCCAACACCAGCAGUCACCUCAAUUCCUCAAACAGCAGUCACCUCACCCACCAACAGCCGUCACCCCGUCACCUCAAUUCCAACACCAGCAGUCGCGUCAUCUCCGUCACCAGGAUUCAUCUCCAGUCCACCCUCAUCUGUCACCUCAAGUCCAUCGUCAGUUUUGAACUCAAGUCCAACACCAGCCGUCACCUCGAUGCCCGCUUGACUCACCUCAAGUCAAACACCAGCCGUCACGGCAACUCCAACAACAGCGGUCACCUCACCUCCAACAUCAACUGUCAACUCGAGUCCAUUAGCGCCUCAAGUUAUGUCUAUUCCCACUUGAGUCUCAUCAACUCCAACCCCCUUUGUCACCUCAAGUCCAACACCAGCAGUCACCUCAGCUCCAAGACCAGCAGUCACCAAAAUUUCAACACCAGCAGUCACCUCAAAUUCUACACCAGUUGUCACCUCAAGUCCAACAACAGCAGUUGCCCCAAUUCCAACACCAGCAGUCACCUCAGGACCAACAGCAACAGUCACCUCACGUCCAUCAUCAGAUGUCACCUCAGCUACAUCAUCAACAGUCACCUCAAGUCCACCAUCAGCUGUCACUUCCCCUACAUCACCAGCUUUCACCUCAAGUCCACCAUCAGAUGUCAACUCAAGUCCGUCUUCAGCUGUCACCUCCUUUACUGCGUCAUUUCCCUGAAGUCCUACCCCAGCCGUCACCUCUAUUCCCACUUGAAUCUGCUCAAGACCAACGCAUGGUGUCACCUCAAGUCCAACACCACCAGUUACCCCAACUUCUUCUUCAGCCGUUGCCUCAAAUCCAUCCACGUCUGUCACCUUAAAUCCAUCACCAACUAUCACCUCAGGUCCAACACAGUCAUCACCUCAAAUCCCUCUUCAGUCACCUCACGUCCAACAACAGCUAUCACCACAGAUCCAACACCGUCAGUCACCUCAUCCAACAGCAGCAGUCACCUCAAGCCCCCCAUCAGGUCUCACCUCACGUCCAUCAUCAGAUGUCACCUCAAAGCCACCAUCAGCUGUCACCUCACAUCCAACACCAGAGUCACCUCAUUUCCAACACCAACAGUCACCUCAAUCCACCCUCAUCUCACCCCUGAGUCCACCAUCAGCUUUGAGCUCGAGUCUAACAACAGCAGUCACCUCAAGUCCAACACAAGAAGUCACCUCAGGUUCCGCUUGAGUCACACCAAGUGCGUUAUCAACUGUCACCUCAGAGUUACGUCAAGUCCGUUAUCAGCUGUCACAUCAACUCCAUUUCCAGUAGUCAAUUCAAGUCCAACAACAGCAGUCACCCCAAGUCCAACACCUGCAGUCACCUCAAUUCCAACAUCAGCUCUCACUUCAAGUCCAUCAUCAGCCGUCACCUUACCUCCAUCCUCAGCUAUCACCAGUAAACUCAAGUCCCAUUUAAGUCACCUCAAGUCCAACAGCAGCAGUCCCCUCAACUCCACCCUCACUUAUCACCUCAAAUACAGCAUCGGCUGUCACUUUAAGUCCAAAAUCAGCUGUCACCUCAACUACAUCAUUAGCUGUAACCUGAAGUCCAUCAUCAGUUGUCACCUAAAUUGCAACAACAGCAGUCACCUCAAGACCAACAUCAACAUUCACCUCAAUUACAACACCAGCAGUCACCUCAAUGCCUUCAUUAACUGUCACCUCAAGUCCAACAUCAAUUUUCACCUUAAGGUCAUCAUCAGCUGUCACCACUUCUACUGCUUCAUUUACCUGAAUUCCAGCAACAACAGUCAACUCAAGACCCAUUUUAGUCACCUCAAGUCCAACACCAGCUGUCACCUUAAUGAGCAGUCACCCAAGUCCAACAACAGCAGUCACCUCAAAUCCAACAGCUGCAGUCAACUCAAGUCCAUCGUCAGCUGUCACCUCCAAAACAGCCCCAGCAAUAACCUCAAGUCCAACAGCAGGUGUUACCUAAUGUCCAACACAAGCUUUCACCUCACGUGCAACACCAGCAAUCGCCUGACGUCCAUCCUCAACUGUCACCUCACGUCCAUCUCCAGCAGUCACCUCAGAUCCAACACCAAAUUUCUCCUCAGCAGCAGUCACUUCAAAUGCAUCAUCGGCAGUCACUUCAAGUCCCUCCUCAGCUGUCAUGUCAACAUCAUCACCAUCCGUCGCCUCAAGUCCAACACCAGCAGUCACCUCAAUUACAACAACAGCUGUCACCUCAAUGUCUUCACCCGCUGUCUCCUCAUGUCCAACAUCACCUUCCCCCUCAAGGUCAUCAUGAGCUGUCACAUGAAUUCCAACGUCAAUUUUUACCUCAAGGGUGCAGCGGCUCCGGGAGGCGAUGAGGAUGGUGAGGAGGAGGAGGAGGAGGAGGAGCGGCGUCUGAGCGCCGUGGGAAGGAAACCGAGGCCUCGGUGA